GCGGUGCGGUGCGGUGCGGUGCUGCGCGGUGCGGUGCGGUGCUGCGCGGUGCGGUCCUCCCCGGGGCGGCCCCGCCAUGGCCGAUCCGUCCGAGUGCAGCAUCAAGGUGAUGUGCCGGUUCCGGCCGCUGAACGAGGCGGAGGGGCUCCGCGGGGACAAGUUCAGCCCCAAAUUCAAAGGCGACGACACCGUGCUCAUCGGGCAAGGGAAGCCGUACGUCUUCGACAGGGUGCUGCCACCCAGCACCAGCCAGGAGCAGGUCUACAAUGCCUGCGCCAAGCAGAUCGUCAAGGAUGUUCUGGAAGGUUACAAUGGAACAAUCUUUGCCUAUGGCCAGACCUCUUCAGGGAAAACCCACACUAUGGAGGGGAAGCUGCACGACCACCAGCUCAUGGGCAUCAUACCGAGGAUCGCACACGACAUCUUCGACCACAUCUACUCCAUGGAUGAAAACCUGGAGUUCCACAUCAAGGUGUCCUACUUUGAGAUCUACCUGGACAAAAUCCGGGACCUGCUUGACGUGUCCAAGACGAACCUGGCAGUGCACGAGGACAAGAACAGAGUCCCCUUUGUGAAGGGCUGCACGGAGCGGUUCGUGUCCAGCCCCGAGGAAGUCAUGGACGUCAUCGACGAAGGGAAGGCCAACCGCCACGUGGCCGUGACGAAUAUGAACGAACACAGUUCUAGGAGCCACAGUAUCUUCCUGAUCAACAUCAAACAAGAGAACGUCGAAACGGAGAAGAAGCUGAGCGGCAAGCUCUACCUGGUUGACCUGGCGGGGAGCGAGAAGGUCAGCAAAACGGGAGCUGAGGGCGCGGUUCUGGACGAAGCCAAAAACAUCAAUAAGUCCUUGUCUGCCCUGGGCAACGUGAUCUCGGCGUUAGCAGAAGGAACGAAAACUCACGUUCCCUACAGAGACAGUAAGAUGACCCGAAUCCUUCAGGACUCUCUGGGCGGGAACUGCAGGACGACGAUCGUCAUAUGCUGUUCGCCCUCCGUCUUCAAUGAGGCCGAAACCAAGUCCACGCUGAUGUUUGGGCAGAGAGCCAAGACGAUCAAGAACACCGUCUCUGUGAACCUGGAACUGACGGCGGAAGAGUGGAAGAAGAAAUACGAGAAAGAGAAGGACAAGAACAAGAGUCUGAAGAAUGUUAUCCAGUAUCUGGAGAUGGAGCUGAACAGGUGGAGAAAUGGGGAGUCUGUGCCUGAGAACGAGCAGAUCAGCGCCAAGGAUCAGAAGAACCUGGAGCCCUGCGACAAUACUCCCGUCAUCGACAACAUCGCACCCGCCGCGGCCGGAGUUUCCGCCGAGGAGAAGCAGAAGUUCGACGAGGAGAUCACCUGCCUGUACAGGCAGCUGGACGAUAAGGAUGAUGAAAUUAACCAGCAGAGCCAGCUGGCCGAGAAGCUCAAGCAACAGAUGUUGGAUCAGGACGAGCUGCUGGCGUCCACGCGGCGAGACUACGAGAAGAUCCAGGAGGAGCUGAGCCGCCUGCAGAUGGAGAACGAGGCGGCCAAGGAUGAGGUGAAGGAGGUGCUGCAGGCCCUGGAGGAGCUGGCCGUCAACUACGACCAGAAGUCGCAAGAGGUGGAGGACAAGGCCCGCACCAGCGAGCAGCUGGCCGACGAGCUGGCGCAGAAGACGACCACCUUGACGGCCACGCAGAGGGAGCUGAGCCAGCUGCAGGAGCUCAGCAGCCACCAGAGGAAGCGUGCCACGGAAAUCUUGAACCUGCUGCUCAAGGACCUGGGGGAGAUCGGGGGGAUCAUCGGCACCAACGACGUGAAGACGUUGGCGGACGUGAAUGGCGUCAUCGAAGAGGAGUUCACCAUGGCCCGCCUGUACAUCAGCAAGAUGAAGUCGGAGGUGAAGUCCCUGGUGAACCGGAGCAAACAGCUGGAGAGUGCCCAGAUCGACUCCAACCGGAAGAUGAACGCCAGCGAGAGGGAGCUGGCCGCUUGCCAGCUCCUCAUCUCUCAGCACGAAGCGAAGAUCAAGUCUCUGACGGACUACAUGCAGAACAUGGAGCAGAAGCGGCGGCAGCUCGAGGAGUCUCAGGACUCGCUCAGCGAAGAACUGGCCAAACUGCGCGCCCAAGAGAGAAUGCACGAAGUCAGCUUCCAAGAUAAGGAGAAGGAGCAUCUGACCCGGCUCCAGGAUGCAGAGGAGAUGAAGAACGCCCUGGAGCAGCAGAUGGAGAGUCACCGGGAAAACCACCAGAAGCAGCUGUUGCGGCUGCGAGACGAGAUCGAGGACAAGCAGAAGAUAAUCGACGAGAUCCGCGAUCUGAAUCAGAAGCUGCAACUGGAGCAGGAGAAGCUGAGCUCCGAUUACGACAAGUUGAAAAUCGAGGACCAGGAGAGGGAAAUGAAGUUGGAAAAGCUAAUACUGCUCAACGAUAAGAGAGAGCAAGCAAGAGAAGACCUGAAGGGAUUGGAGGAAACCGUGUCCAGGGAACUGCAGACCCUUCACAACCUUCGCAAACUCUUUGUCCAGGACCUCACCACCAGAGUUAAAAAAAGCGUGGAGCUGGACAGUGACGACGGAGGCGGCAGUGCUGCCCAGAAACAAAAAAUUUCCUUUCUCGAGAACAACCUGGAGCAACUUACUAAAGUUCAUAAACAGCUGGUGCGAGAUAACGCGGAUCUUCGCUGUGAGCUCCCGAAGCUGGAGAAGAGACUGCGAGCUACGGCGGAGAGGGUCAAGGCGCUGGAGAGCGCGCUGAAGGAGGCCAAGGAGAACGCCAUGAGGGACCGCAAGCGCUACCAGCAGGAAGUGGACCGGAUCAAGGAGGCCGUGCGGGCCAAGAACAUGGCCAGGAGAGCCCACUCGGCCCAGAUCGCCAAGCCGAUCCGGCCGGGCCACUACCCAGCGUCCUCUCUGACAGCGGUCCAUGCCAUCCGAGGAGGCGGCGGAGGGUCAUCCAACUCCACCUACUACCAGAACGUGAAAUAAACACCAAACGUGACUCCGCUCAGCAUGGCCCAGGCUGCGUCGUUUCACCGAUUCCUGCCCCCACCCCCAUGUGCUCUCCAUUUUCUCCAUCAGGAGUUUCCUCCGGGCCCCCCGGCACCCCCCGCCUCCCUCGGCAGCCCCCUCCCCACAGCAGCCCGCCCCGUCCGGAGAGUCUGAGCUCCCUGGAAUCAUCUCCACCUAAACACGAGUGUGUCUGGCUCGUCGCUGCCGAUCCAUGCCUUCAGCCCCCGCUUCCUGAGGAAACCGGAGGUUUGGCCUCCAAAGCCCCCGGAGGUGGCCAACCAUCCCCCUUUAACCUCCCCCCGUGGCACCUCUUCUCCACCCCCUGGGCCGGACCUUUUCCCUCGUGCCUCGCUGACUUCCUGUAUGAUAACCCUGUUCUUUUAUAUUUUGAAGGGGAGACAUCAUCCUGCUCUGUAGCUAAAAAUUUUGAUUCUGAACAUUUUCUUUUGGAGUAAAAAGGCAUUCCCCAAAGGAGCAUUUUUAACCUCCGGGUGGAAUCUUGGGAGCUGAGACAUUAACCCUUUGGUUUGGGGUCCGUUGAAAGAUGAAACUGAUGUAUUCACGGGAGAAAAACAAUCUGUCAGUCGCGAGCUAGGUUUCAGUCCCACGAAGACACGAGUGGAAAUUCGAGGCCGUACAAUUCAUGUCUGAUUUGUGGGUGGUAGAAUUCGCUGCAGAUCCUCCUCCUCCUCCUCUUCCCCUCCCCCCCACCAACUACUCUUCGUCGUCCUCCUCCCCACCACAGAAUCUCUGGCCCGUUCCUCUGGGUGUGUGGAAGGGAUGACACUGUCUCAGGGAAGUCCUUGGAAAAGUGAGUCUCCAGUGGUCCGAGAUGCAACAGAUGUGUGCGUCCGAAGCCUCCCGGUCCCUGUGGCUCAGGACGCCCCCCCCCAGGGGUUAUCCCUAGAGGCCAUGAAUGCAGACGGGCGUCCAUCUUCUGCACCCAGGGCUGGGAGUCGUCCCGACGGUAGGACGGGUGGCGUGCGUUUCACAGCUGCAGCCACCGAUUCCAACGCCUUGGUUUCGCCCGGUGAUUUCAAAGCAGGGUGGGUAGGGUGACAAGGCCCACCGGGCGGGGGAGGGGGGUGCUCUGGGCACCGACACAUUUUUCAGUGUCGUAGGAUGAGAAUCUCAUCCGGGUGGGCAAAGGGCAAGACUCCAAAAUCUUAUUGAAGUGACCGGUCUCCUCUUACCCCCUUCUGGGCAAGGUUGGUGUGUUGUGCAUCAUUUCUAGUGGUCCCUGACCUCCCAGGGGAAAGCCUCCGGGCUUUCUGGAGGGUAUUUGAAAGUGAAUGUACCGGGUGCGUAUGUUGAGUACGCACAGCAUGUGAGCACAACCCCCCACAGGAACUUGCUUGAGCUUUCUGCGUCGGCUUUGGAACCUUUUCUUGUACAGAAGUUUAUCUGGAAACAGUUUUGUAGCAAAGAAGCAUCGACUUAAUUUAUUUCGUCAACUUCGCACUAUUUUAUUUGAUUUUUCUGCAGGGGUGGGGUGCGUCUGGAGGAAACUCCUUUGCUAUAGUAUUUAUUUAAUAAAGAUCACAACUUCGUCUCGGUUUAAUUUAUUUUUUAAAUUCUUCUUUAGAGAACGUGAGUGGGCACCGUCAGACCAAGUCAGUCGCAAGGUUGUAAGGGGCGGGGUCCGAUCGGGGGUCUCUAGGCCCCAGACUCUCUUUCCUUAUCAGUCGGCUAUCUGUGCCUGAGAUCUGGAAUUCAAACAUAGGCCUUGUUUUCCUCCCGAUUUCUCAAGUCCGUGGUCAGACAUUGGAAUGCCAAUUAACGAAUUGCCAUAAAUGCCACUGUGCAUGUUUCCUACUACUUUAAUUUGCUCUGACCUUGUAUAUGACCCUGGUGAUCUGGGCCCAAUUCCUCACACUGGAGUAUUUCUCUGCGGGGGGCCUUCUGGAGGUCAGAUGUUGGAGACUCUGGGAAACAGUCCGGGUCGAAGAUCGCCCAGAGGCAAAACGUAGAGGGGUCCUUUGGUUCCGAGAGCACGCUGCUGACAGUGGGAUGGUAUCCGUGGGUGUGAAGGUCACCCUGAGAAGCUCUUGCACACUGUGUUCGUGAAAAUGCAGUCGUGCUUGGUUCCUAGUGGUAAUGAGAGGAGAGGGAUGGGCUCACCCGCUGCUAGGGGAAAAUGCGCUUGAGUUGUUUGUACAGUCGUGGUGAUGGUCUGCACGGAGUCAUCCCCACUGUCUCGCCUGGUCCUCCAGGGCCAGGCAGCUGGGAGGGAAGUCGGUGCCCUCGCCCGUCCCUUAAGCCAUCUCUCCUUCGGCGUGAGAGGGAGCCUACAGCAAGCCCUGCUCAUACCCCCUGGGAAAGCCGGUUUUGAUUUUUCAUAAGGGUCUUCCCGCUAGCACUGAUCAGCCAGUCAGUUCACUAGCCCCGAUCUUUUUGGGAUCUCCAAACGAGCUUUGAAAUCAACCCCGGGGACGAAUCCGACGGAAAGAGUCAAACCUGAACCUCGAAAACCACCUUGGCGCGGCUUUUAACCCUCCGAGGGGCUCAACGCCCCUUGAGGGUCGGGGAAUGGAAUUGUUUUUGGAAAGGUCCUCGUUUCACUUCGAAUCAUGGAUUUUCCUUUAUCGUUUCCGUACGGCCAGUUUCCAAAUUUUUGUAACCCGCUGUGUAAACCACGCCUCUACUCUUCUGAUUGUAAAAACUGUAUUUUGCUGUUUUAUAGGCCUUUUCCUCUUCUCUCUCUAUAAUUUUCUAUCGGCUAUGACUUCGCACUUCUCUUUCAAGAGUGUCGCAAGGUGGUCGAAAGCAGUUCUAGCCGCUUUCAACGGGACAGAUUGCAUGCAGGACAAGUAUUUUUCUAAAUUAGUGGAACGCCGCUUGAGACUCAAGAUUUGGAGGUGGAAAUUCAUAGCUGGUGAUGAAAUGGGUUGGGCUGUUUGGCAUCGGAUGAAUCCUGUACAAACACAUCAUCUCUUCAGACACUCCAAUUCUUCUUUCAGUCCGGCGGCCGCUGAGGGACGCGCAGUAGCAGUCAGGUGAGGAUUGAGGAGAGUCCACGAAACUAGGGCUAAGAAAGAGGCCACCUAACGGUGGCCUCGGUGACCUUUUUGACUCGCCUCUCUGAGGCCCUAGGGAUGACUCGUGGGAACCCUAGAACUGGCCGGUGAGGUCAACCGGUCCAGCCCCCUGCCUCCAGGCAGGUGAAUGACGAAGCCGGCCCGCCCUGGGUCCGAGAGUUCUUCUCCCUGCAGAGAGAUGAAGACAUUUCGGCAAGUCUUCCUCGUGCUGAGCAGUGAAAACAAGCCAAGGUCAGACCUUGGGACAUUAGGGACUCCCGCCUCAAGGCACUGUGGGGAAUCGUCCUCUUGACCAGGGGAGGAAAUCACCCGGAAUUGCGACCGGAGAGGACGUCCUCGGAUCAUCUCGCCUAUAUCGUCCCGUAGAGAUCGCCUGACUCCAUCCCGCUUCUUUCAGCUUUAAUGACUCGGACGGGAAAAAGCGUUGGGCACAGGCCGGCCGAGCGUCUGUGUCUCCUCCUCAUCGCUAAUUGUGUGUCCAUUUUAAGUACUUUUCAUUGUGGGCGGACACGGGGGAUGGGACAUCUGUAGAGUUUUCCAAGUCUAGUUUGUAAAGUGCAUAGUGUGUCCUGAGGAUGUGUGUUUCGGAGCGCGAUGUAUUUGUACGGUAGCAUUCGUUUCGGGAAAGACCGAUCGACGGCGGGCGGACUUUGUUUCAGGGUUACGAGGGGACGGUGGAAAUUUGCAUCGGGUCGUGGUGCCGUAAUGCGUCUUAAGCUGAAUGGGAGAUCUGUAAAUGCAACCUCCUCCCCCCAGCCCCCGAAUCCCGCCACUUCCACGGAGAAGUUUUAUUCAUCUUCCAGAUUCUAAAAUGCUCUUAAAAAUGUACGGAUACACUGACGGAUUGCAUGAUGUAUAAUUUGAAAACUGUCCAAGUGGAAAAUAAAAUGGCAUUAAAUUUC